AUGGCUGUGGACUUUGGAGACCAUGCUAGUGGUUUCCGCCACAGAGAGGUGAUCAAAUUUAUCAACAAUGAAGUCCUCAUGAACGGCGGUGGCCCAGAUUUCUACCUGACCUUCCGCUCGCGGCCCUGGAAUGAGGUAGAGGACCAGCUUCGGGCCAUUUUGACCGAUCCUCAGGUGCCGCGCUCCCUUAAGAGGGUCUGCACCUGGAGCGGGCUGGCGCUGAGCGUACGCGUGGCCGCGAGGCAGCAGGAGCAGCAGUCGUGCCGGAUCCGGCAGCUGCAGCAGCAGGUGGAAGAGCGCGAGGCGGCCACCUGGGCUCUGGCCACCCAGCUGCAGCGGCUGCGCAUGGAGCGUGACGAGUCGGUCCAGCAGCUGCGUGCCACGCAGGCCGCCCUGCAGCAGGCGAAGGAUGAGCGCGAUAUGCUGCGCAGGAAGCUGCUUCGGGCCGACGGGUCUUCCCAGGCUGACUCGCUGGCCCAUGAAAUAAAGCCUGGGCUGCUUGUUGAGCAGCAGGGGGCUGCAGCUUGGCCCCAAAACGUAGAGCCACAGAGAGAGGUGGUGGCUACACGGGCACAUGGUAGGCUGUAUUGUGAGGCCCAGAUGCCAGCCCCAGCAGCAGUUGUCUACAUGCCAGGACCUCUGGGUUCCUGGGUCCAGCCCAUGCACCCCCCUAUGCCAAUGCCAAUGCCAGUGCCACCGCCAUUCCCAUUACACCCACCAUUUGUAAUGGGGUCGCCAUUUGUGCCACCUCAACCACCUGCACUAGUCACAGAAGCAGAAAGAGCAGUAGUGCCACUACAGAUGCCUGGUAUGGGGGUCUACCCACCUGGCCCAUGCACUGCAGUGGGCUUCCAGGCGAUGGUCUCUCAGGGGGACCAGAGGAGCCAUGUCCAGGAAGAAGGUUUGAAGAGUUUCCAGGGGUCAGCCCCGCUAGGGGACAGCAGAAGCCACAGCCAGGAAGAAGGUCCAGAGAUGCCCCAGGGAAUGGCCGCCCUGGGAGACAGCAGGGACCACAGCCAGGAAGAAGGUCCAGAGAUGCCCCAGGGGAUGGCCGCCCUGGGAGACAGCAGCGACCACAGCCAGGAAGAAGGUCCAGAGAUGCCCCAGGGGAUGGCCGCCCUGGGAGACAGCAGGGACCACAGCCAGGAAGAAGGUCCAGAGAUGCCCCAGGGGAUGGCCGCCCUGGGAGACAGCAGGGACCACAGCCAGGAAGAAGGUCCAGAGAUGCCCCAGGGGAUGGCCGCCCUGGGAGACAGCAGCGACCACAGCCAGGAAGAAGGUCCAGAGAUGCCCCAGGGGAUGGCCGCCCUGGGAGACAGCAGGGACCACAGCCAGGAAGAAGGUCCAGAGAUGCCCCAGGGGAUGGCCGCCCUGGGAGACAGCAGGGACCACAGCCAGGAAGAAGGUCCAGAGAUGCCCCAGGGGAUGGCCGCCCUGGGAGACAGCAGGGACCACAGCCAGGAAGAAGGUCCAGAGAUGCCCCAGGGGAUGGCCGCCCUGGGAGACAGCAGGGACCACAGCCAGGAAGAAGGUCCAGAGAUGCCCCAGGGGAUGGCCGCCCUGGGAGACAGCAGGGACCACAGCCAGGAAGAAGGUCCAGAGAUGCCCCAGGGGAUGGCCGCCCUGGGAGACAGCAGGGACCACAGCCAGGAAGAAGGUCCAGAAAGACCCCAGAAGAUGGUCCCCUUUGGGGACUCUGGAAGCCAAAGCCAGGAGGAAGAUCCAGAGAGGCCCCAGAAGGCCAUCUCCCUGGGGUCUAGCAGAAGCCACAGCCAGGAAGAAAGUCCAGAGAGACCCCAGGCAACCUCGCUGAGCGGCAGCAGGAGCCAUGAUUCGAAAGGAAGCCCAAAGAAACAGCAGCCUCAGGGGCAGAAAGCCAAGCAACCAAAAGGGAAAAAAGCCUCAAAAUCACAGCAACAGGAGAAGGCUGCCCCAGGCUACAGUCCAGUGAAGUGGGAAUGUCCAUGGUGUAAAGCGAUGAAUUUUUCGUGGCGCACGUUCUGCUAUAAAUGUAAGAAAGUCUACAUGCCAGUUGAGAGUGGAGGCCUUGACCCGGGACAGACUCACUGA